AUGGAUUAAUCUUCAUCAAUUUUGAGUAUUAAGAGGGAAAAGUUUAGAACUGUGAUUAGAAAAGAGUUUAUUGAAUAAUAACUCAAAAAAAAGAGAAUAAUUAUACCUGAAUAAGAAGAUCACGAUUUGAAUGAUAAACUCAAAAUUAUUAAAAAGUAAAUGAUUGCCAUUCAUGAAAAUAUUGAAAAUGAUUUUCAAAAAGCUAUGAAUAAAUAUUAUGAUUAUUUAGUAGACUAAGAUCUCAUGAAUGAAUUAUUACUCUAAUUUGAAUUGAAUUGUCAAUAAAAUUAUAGAAUAACUAUUUAUUGGAUUCUUUGCAAUCUUACUUUAGGAGAUAAAAUUGGAGCUAAAUUUCUAUUUGAUACAAAUUUUGAUUUUUUAAAAAUACUUUACACAGAUAUUAAAAAUCCUGUAUACAAUGAAUUUGUUCUUGAAAUCAUAUAAAAUUUGUUAGCAGAUUAUGAUAUUGAUGUUUUUGAAUUUCUGAUGAGAGAUGAUGAUCUACUACAUAUUCUUAAUAAAAAUGCCAAUAUAAUUACAGAAGAAACAUAUAAAAAAUUAUUAGUACAUAUUUGUGUUAAAAUUGUUGAAUUUAAAUCACUAUUGAGCGAUUAUUUAGUUGAGACAUUAUGUUAAUUAAUGCCUUAAUAUAUAGCAUUUCAAUGCACUUAUAUUCUAACUUCAAGAAUGGAAUUUAGUAAUCAUCAUUUGGUAAUUCAUGCUGUUAGAUAUUUAUUAAACAAUGAUGACAAUCUCACUUUUAUAAUUUUAAGGAUUUUAUAAGAAAUAAAGGAAUCUUAUUUACUCUAUUAAAUAUUUUAACAAAAUGAAAUACAUAGUUUUAUCUGUAAUUUAUUUUUGACAACAAACAAUUCAAAUUGUAUUAAAGCUCUUCUAACAUUAUUUUUUAAUAUUGUCGAGUUAGAGGAUAUAUAAUUUUAUAUUUGUUAGAAGGAAGUUUUAAAUUUAAUAAUAGAAAUGUCAUUAAAUAUAGACUAUGCUGAAAAAUCAUUAAAUGUAUUAGAAUGUCUAAUGCAAGAUGAUCAUUUUUUACAUGAUUAUCCAUAAAUUUUAGAUGAAAAUUACUAUUGUUCUUAAUUACUUAAUUUGAAUAUUGACGAUCCUAUUACUUCAAUUGCUAUUUUAAAUUACAUUAAAAGAGUCCUAGAAUUUGGAGAUACAAUAAAUGAUGACAGAUAUUAAAAUAUAUUUUCUAAAUAUAAAAAUAAGGUAAAAUAUAGAUUUUAUUAUCAGGUAGAAUUUUUGUUUUUAUCUUAAAAUGAAUGUCUAUCAAAUUUAGCAAAAUAAUUACUUUUAUGUUAUGAUUGA